AUGGCAGUGGUGGUGGGUGGAGAUGACGGCGGUGUUGGUGGAGAUGGCAGUGGUGGUGGAGGAAGUGGAGAUGGUGAUGGUGGUGGGUGGAGGUGGUCGGAGGUGACGAUGGAAGAUGAUGGUGGUGGCUCGGUGGCGGUGGGUGGUGGUCAUGGCGGUAACAACGAUGGCGGUGGAGGGUGGCAGGGUUGGUGGGUGGUGGCCACGACGAGUGGCAAUGGUGGAGGGGGCGGCGGUGACGGGUGGUGGGUGGCAAGUGGCGGUGGCGGAGUUGUGGGUGGCAGGUGGAGGCGGCGGCGAGUAGCGGCAGUGACGGGGGAUGGUGAUAAGCGUUGGUGGUGCAGGUGGUUAGCAUCGGAGAGUGGCGGCGGUGGUGCAGGUGGUUAG